GCAGAAACACCAUUCUUCCUCGAUUUUUCUCAAUUUAGACCAUUUUACUUUCAAGACACUAAUACAAUCGAAGCACAAUCUGCCUAAAAUGUCCGACGCGAGAGAUCUCGUAAUCGAAGAAGAUCUCAAGACCGCCUGGUAUUUCUAUCGCGAAGAAAAAUUUCGCCAAAAUCUCAAGGACAACUGGUCAACCGUCGAUGGUUACACAACUUUCCUAGACACAGGAAUUGAGCCCACCCAUGGACCCCUGCGCGAUACAUAUAACAAACCCACCGCCGUCUACUUCGAGCAGUCCGCUCAAUGCGGCUGUUACGACAAUGUGCGCGGGUAUCCUUGUGUAUCACGAGUGUUUAUCGCAUCUAUAUUCGAAGCGUGGCGCGCGCGCUGCGGCGAUGAAAUGGACAUCGAGUUCGGACAUUUCCUCGCCAACCCUGAUCGGAUUACAAAACGUGGACCAAAAAACUUGAGCGAGAUUGCUGUGGCACACCAGGCCAUAUGUGAAAUGGCAAAAGCGAAAGCGAUCGACAAGAAAUACGAGAACUACGAGAUAUUGCCGUCCUAUCCUGCCGUCAUUUUGAUCUUCGAUCGUACACCAAAUGGCAAUGAGCCUGAUGAGGAUGGGUAUUACAAUCUGCGAAAGAAUGCGGAACGAGUAACGGUGCUCGUCAUGAAAACCGGUGCGUCCAUGGUCGAUGACGUUACGCUGGAAGAUUUGGACAAUUACGCUCUACCACUGGAAAGAUCCGACGCAAAUGGCAUAGAUAUUCGGCGUGUACCUCUAUCAAUCGCUGUGGACUUCAUCGUAACCCUUGAGAAUCGUAUGAGAGCACAGGAGAAAAAGAAGAGGCAAAGGUUUGACAGCGAAUUAGGUCCCUUUGAACUUCCGAAGGGUUUCGAUCCGAUUGUCAAGAGUGAUCCACAGAUGUGGGCUGCCGCACUGAUGGCGCCAAGUUCGACGGAGAAGAAGACUGACCCUUGGAGCAAUGUACAACAAGCGAUUCGACGAAUCGAGGCUCGUGCUUCUGGGAUUCCGAGCGGUGUCGACUUUGAGCAUGUGGAAUGGAUGCGCCAUUGGAAGUCUGGGUAUGAUGAAGCGCGAUGAGUUUCUGUCGCAUGUGUUUCGGCUCGUUAUGCUGCAGACCAAGCGACUCGAACGUUCGCGGCUAGUUUUUGACCUGAUUUCGCUUCCCCAAUUUUGAUUUCCGGGUACUAGGCCCUCUUACUGCUCCCAAAGUACAGGUCAUA